AUGAAUAAAACCUUGAGUUUACUCUACAGUCCAGAAACAUAUGAAAAAAUCAGAAAUAGCAACAUCCUAAUAAUAGGAGUGGGAGGAAUAGGUUGUGAGUUGCUGAAGGUGUUGACAAACAGCGGCUAUCACAAGAUGACCAUAUUGGAUUUAGAUACAAUAGAGGCGACCAAUUUAAAUAGGUAAUUCUAUUUUCGAAAGGAACACGUUGGCAUGAGCAAGGCAUUAGUAGGCAAAGAGAGCGUGAUGAAGAAGCAUCCUGAUCUGGAUAUUACUGCAAUUCAUGGAUCAAUAUUUGAAGAAAAAUAUGAUGUUGAAUUUUACACUCAAUUUGACUUUAUAUUAUGUGCUUUGGACAAUGCUUUAGCCAGAGAACAUUUGGGAAGGAUGUGUUUAAAAAGUAAUAGAAUUUUGGUGGAUGCAGGAACUGGUGGGUUCAGUGGUCAAGCUAAUGUGGUUAAAAGAUUUUCUUAUCAAUGCAACAAUUGUCAACCUUCAAAAGGAGCUCCCCAAUAUGCCGUUUGCACUAUCAGAGCAAGUCCAUCAUAGCCAAUCCAUUGUGUUACUUACGGCAUGUCCUUGUACAAUCUGUUGUUUGGACCAUUGGACGAAUCGAAUGUCUUGGCUGGGCUAUUGGAUUUGGCUCAAGUCCAUUCAUGCGAUAAGACAGACGAAUAGCUAUUGUAAUCUUUGGCAUUAAGAACAUUCAAUAAGUUGUUUUGUGAAGAUAUCAAGCAAGGAAUCAAGGGAUAUGUGAAAGAUGAAGAGGCUAAUGCAAUCAAUUAACAUAAAUACCCAAUAUCUUAUGAGGAGGGAAUGAACGACACCAAGGUGUAUACCACAAUUGAUCAAUCUAAAAUAGAGGAGGAAGAUGAUAAAAUUUAACCAUUUAAAUAUUAUGUAGAAUUAUUUGUAAAGACAUUUGUUAAGAUUUUGCAAACUCCUGGUGUGGGCUCAUUCAAAUUUGAUAAAGACGAUUGGGACAGUGUGAAAUUUGUUGCUGCCACAACCAACCUUAGAACAUACAAUUUUACUAAGAAAUUCAAAGACAUUGAUCCAAGAUUGAUUGAAGGAGAUAAAAUGAAAUACUUGAGUGUCAAUGAAGUCAGACAAAUUGGAGGAAAGAUUAUUCCUGCUAUUGCAAGUACAAAUGCUAUUGCUGCUGCUAUCUAAGUGUCUGAAAGUAAGAAGGUGUUGGAAGAGAACUGGAAUUAAUUAAGAAUGAAUUGGAUUCAACCUACCUACGAUAAAAUAGCUCCCACUUAUCUUCCAGAACCCUAUCCAACUUGUAAUCAUUGCAGUCCAAGAAAUGUCUAUCUUCAUUUGUAUUGCAAUUUCGAUACAACAAUAUUUGGAACAAUAGUGGAGUUGGCCAAGAGUUUUGGUUUAAAUGACUACGACAUUUACGGCUAAUCAGGAACUGUGUAUGGCUUGCAUAAUAAGUAAUUGAAGAGAGACGGCGCCAAUGAAAGGAUCUACAAUAAAUUGCUAUCUAAAUUCUAUUUAAGAGAUACCCCAUAUGCCAACAUGAUAUUCUCUGUCUUUGAACAAUCUCCAGGUAAACAGUAUUAUUGGCAACUUGGCUGCAAAUUGGAAUUGAUAGUCAUGCACAGAGCUGAUAUUAAAGUGCCUCAGAUUUCAAAAAUAACUAAACUGGAGACUGCCUUAGAAUAAUUGAAGCAGCUCAAAAUAUCAAAACAUUAAGAACUCUAUGAGGCAAGAAUGGAGAAUUUGGUCAGGUUUUCGUUUUGA